UUUAUUGUGUGUGCGUUUCAGGGAGGGCGGACCCUGUGCAUCAAGGAGGCGUGUCCUGUCCUGUCCUGCCCCGCCCACCUGAGCCACAUUCCAGCUGGACAGUGCUGCCCCAAGUGUCUUGGUCAGAGGAAGGUAUUCGACCUGUCCCUGGGGAGCUGUCUGUUCCACAGUGAGGUCUAUGACAACAGCACGGCCUUCAAACACGACAACUGCACCACCUGCACCUGCAAAGAUUCCACAGUAGUGUGCAGGAAGCACUGCUCACGGCCGGGAAGUUGCCGUGGUGACCAGUGCUGCGAGGAGUGUUUGUCCUACAUUAAGGUGGAGGAGGUGAAAUACUGCCGUGUCAGGAACAAGAUUUACAGGGAGGGGGACAUGUGGUCGUCUGUCAACUGCACCCUGUGCGCCUGCGUCAAGGGGAACAUCGAGUGCCAGCCAAAGAAGUGUGUGCCAAUCACCAGCUGCCCCUCGAAUAAGAUCCUGAACAGGACUGGCUGUUGUCCGGUAUGCACUGAAAAGCCAGGCGUAUGCACCGUGUUCGGCGACCCCCACUACAACACCUUCGACGGGCGCACGUUCAACUUCCAGGGCACCUGCCAGUACGUGCUCACGCGCGACUGCGGCGGCCCGCCGGGCGGAGCGGGGGGGGAGCCGGGCUUCUCGGUGCUGGUGAAGAACGACGCCAGGCGCACGCGCUCCUUCUCCUGGACCCAGUCUGUGGAGCUGCGUCUGGGCGCGCUCAGCCUCAGCCUGCACCAGCACCUGACGGUGCGCCGCAACGGGACCAGGAUCGCCCUGCCUUACCACGGGCCCGGAGUCCACAUCGACCUGGACGGCUACCUGCUCAAGCUCACCACCAUCGCAGGUCUGGAGAUCACGUGGGACGGCGACAGCUUCGUGGAGGUGGUGGCCGCGCCCCACCUGCGCGGGCGCCUCUGCGGCCUCUGCGGCAACUACAACGGGCAGCGGCGCGACGACACCGUGGGCGGCGACGGCCUCUUCAAGUUCGACGUGGACGAGUUUGCCGAAUCGUGGCGGGUGGAGGCCAACGAGGUGUGCGCCCACCAGCAGCACGCCACCCGCAGGCCCGCCUCCUUCCUCUGUCCCGGCAGCGUCAAGGUCAAGUUCCGCGCCCACAGAGAGUGCCAGAAGCUCAAGUCGUGGGAGUUUCAGAAGUGUCAUCGUGUGGUUGACUUCAGCCCCAUCUACAGGUCGUGUGUGACAGACAUGUGUGAGUGUCCGGUCCAUAAGAACUGCUACUGUGAGUCCUUCCUAGCGUACAGCCGCGCCUGCGAGAGGGAGGGAGCCCCCGUCCUCUGGAAGCCCGACGCCGCCUGCAUGGCCACUCAGUGUAAACACGGUGCCGUCUACAACACGUGCGGCCCCGGCUGCACCAAGACCUGCGACAACUGGAACGAGAUCGGGCCCUGCCACAGGCCCUGCGUGGCCGGCUGCCACUGCCCCGCCAACCUGGUCCUGUUCCAGGGACGCUGCAUCAAGCCCACAGCCUGCCCCGGACGGUGACCCCGGUGGCCCUGGGGUGAGGAGGGGGGCCAGGCGGGUCUCUGGACAGGGGUCAAACCUGGACCGGGAAGGGGCCGAUGCUGCCAGGUACUCAGGGGGUCUGUGACCAGUCAGGUGGGGUGACCAGGGUUUUGGGGGAGGUGGGGGUGGUGGAGGACCAGACUGGACUGAAUCUCAGUGGACAGGUGGUUCAGGUGGGUCCCUGUUUGUUCUGAGGAAGGUGGAUUAAGGUGGGCCAUCGCAGACUGGGUUAUUCAGCUUCCCAAUCAGCUGAAUGAACAUUUCCUACAGUUCUGAGAGAUUCCACUAGAGGGCAAUCCAGAGCAGUACCGUGUGCUUCCACUAGGGGGGGGGGGGGGGGCGAUACUCUUAUAGAGUGAAAAUGGAGAUUAGAAGGGAAAACUUCCCCCUACGAGUCAAAAGGGAAGUCCUUUUGUUCCGGACCCAUCAGAGACAUCCAACUAGCCUGUCACGGACCCUCGAGAAAAGAGUUUGGCCUCUCAGCUGAACAAACAAGGUCUCAUCGCUCGCUUGGCAGCAGAAUAUGAGAACAUUGAAGAACAUUCAAAACCGUGACGCUCCACAGAUGCAUUACGUACAAGCGAGUACACCAUGCCAACCUGAGGGAGACGCCUACCCCUGCAUUUACCCAGUCAGACCCAUGAUCUAGCUCCCAUUGGUUUAUUUUAUACUAUAAACCUUAACUAACAAACCAUGUAUGACAAACAGCUUUUGUAUUAUUUUUUGUUGCUGAUGAUAUUGUUAAUUUAUAUAUCGAUCAAAUGAUGUCGUAGCAAGAGCCAGAAUCAUAAAUUAAAUUUUUGUUAUAAAUGAUUUAAAGGGAAAAAAAAGCUAUUUAUGUAUUUGUUGUGUAUAUGUGUUUGAAGAGAAACACCCGAAUGUGACUCCAUGGUUGCACCAUCGCAGGGAAUAGUACUGUAUUUAUAAAAGAUGCUCUAUGUAGUUGUGUUCAUUCUCAAACUGAAGGUUUUCCUAAAGACGUACAUUUUACUUGACUUUGUGAGUAAUUAUUUAAGGCCAGCAAUAUAUCCUUUCCAUCUGACUUCUGUUUAACUUUUCUCCUCCGUGUGUUUAUGAAAGUAAAAGACAAGUCCAUAUUUUUUCAG